GAGAAAUCGGCCCUACCCAAUAAUGUCAAGAGCAAAAGCUGCGCACUCUCACUUAAAAAUUCACAAAUCCAAAUAGAAUCAAGAACAAACUCUCCCACCCCAUCAAUCUAUCAUCAUCAUCAUUAAAUUCCAAUCACCAUUCACGCAAUCUUCAUCAAGGGUUCAUUCAUUUCCUUCCAAAACACAAACACUUGCCAUUGAAGUCAAUACCUUGUGUUAAAAAGUCGUAUCUAACUAUUUUGCUUGAUACCCACAUCAGUACAAUGGAGUAGAUAUAUAUAAUAAAAUAUAAAUCUAUAUCGAUAUCUGUACACACACUAAACCACACACACAUAUAUAAUAUAUGGGUGUUGAACCACCGCCUGACACGGCGGUUCACAAUCAAGAAUCAGACCCUGCUGCUGCAGUUGUUGUUCCAGUAGAGAAAGAGACGGAGACGGAGACGGAGACGAAAUCAGACAUGGCUAAAACUUCUACUUCUUUACCUCAACCUGCUCCUUCAUGGUUCACUCCCAAAAGGCUGCUUGUGAUAUUCUGUGUGAUCAACAUGAUAAAUUAUGUGGAUCGAGGUGCCAUUGCCAGCAAUGGCGUCAAUGGAAGUCCCAGAGUUUGCACAAAAACUGGUGUAUGCUCUCAUGGAAGUGGAAUUCAGGGCGAUUUUAACCUAAGCAAUUUCAAAGAUGGAGUAAUUUCAUCUGCUUUCAUGGUUGGACUUCUUGUAGCAUCUCCAAUAUUUGCAUCAUUGGCCAAAAGCAUUAAUCCAUUUAGGCUUAUUGGAGUUGGAUUAUCUGUUUGGACUUUUGCAGCAGCUGGUUGUGGGAUUUCAAUUGACUUUUGGUCAAUCACAAUUUGCAGAAUGUUAGUUGGUGUUGGUGAGGCUUCUUUCAUUAGUCUUGCAGCUCCAUUUAUUGACGAUAAUGCCCCUGUAACUCAGAGAACAGCUUGGUUGGGAAUAUUUUACAUGUGCAUACCUACAGGAAUUGCCCUUGGUUAUGUUUAUGGUGGAUGGGUUGGAGAUGGAUUUGGUUGGAGAUAUGCAUUUUUUGGUGAGGCAAUUUUGAUGUUGCCUUUUGCUAUUUUGGGGUUUGUAAUGAAACCUUUGCAAAUGAAAGGGUUUUCUCCAACAGGGACGAAAAAGUCAUUGACAACUCCAGAGACAAAUGUUAUAGAAAUCGAAGUUAUUACAAAUGAUAAAGAUGUCCCUGUAUCCAAACACACCUCAAAAGAACCUUCCAGAUUUGGUUUAUUUUGGAAAGAUAUAAAAGCUCUUUUGGCUGAAAAGAUAUUUGUCAUCAAUGUUCUAGGUUAUGUUGCGUACAACUUUGUCAUUGGUGCAUAUUCAUACUGGGGUCCAAAAGCUGGUUAUAGCAUAUAUCAUAUGAGUAAUGCAGAUAUGUUAUUUGGAGGAAUCACAAUUAUAGGUGGAAUUGUGGGGACAUUAUCAGGUGGUUUUAUAUUAGAUUACAUGAAUGCCACAAUUCCUAAUGCUUUCAAGCUUCUUUCAACUGCAACGUUUUUUGGCGCAAUAUUUUGCUUCAGUGCCUUUUGUUUCAAGAACUUGUAUGCUUUCAUUGUUCUGUUUCUCAUUGGAGAAAUUCUCAUAUUUGCAACUCAGGGUCCUGUAAAUUUUGUUUGUCUUCAUACUGUUUAA